AUGGCUGGAACGAUCAUCUUCACUGGGGCCAACAGCUCGCUGGGAAUUCCUGCUGCAGAACACAUCCUCCGCCUCUACCCGCAACACACGGCCAUUUUCACUGUGAGGGAUGACUCGACCUCUGACCCAAACACCAGAAAGCUCCGUGAGACCAUCGCCCGCUACCCGCAAGCAAAGGCUUCUGUUCAUGCCCUCGACCUCGCCAGCCUGUCCUCCACCCACGCCUUCGCGGACACCGUCAUAUCCGGCAUCAAGAGCGGCCAAUACCCGCCACUCACCGCCAUCGUCUGCGUCGCCUACUACUGGAACCUCGUCGGCGACCCCGAGCCCACCGCCGACGGCUACGACAAGACCUUCCAGGUCAGCCACAUCUCCCACGCGGCCCUCGUCCUCCGCCUUCUUGGCAGCUUUGGGCCCACCGGCCGGGUGGUGCUCCUCUCGAGCGACUCACACUGGCCCGGCAAGAACGCCAUGGAGAAGUAUCCUCCCUCCAUUCCCAGCGAUUUGGAGCUGCUCGUGAAGCCUUCUGUGGACGACGACAAGAUGGGACGCGGCUACCAGAGAUAUGCAACUGCCAAGCUCGCCAUCACUACGUGGAUGUAUGCGCUGAACGAGCAUCUCCAGAAGGACCCCAUCCUCAAGAACAUCACCGCCGUGGCAAUCAAUCCAGGCAACCUGGUCGACUCCCGUGCAUUGCGCAGCAAUACGCCAAGGAGCAUGUCACUCAUGCAAACCUUCGUCUACAAGCCCUUGCUCCCAGUCCUCAAGCUCUCUAUGGGUCCUACUAGCUGA